AAGGAGCUAGGGUUGAAAGAGAACGGAAGGAAGAGGGUGGGCUUUUUGGGUCCUUGUCAAAAUCACCAGUUGCCUGACAUGCGGUAUCCUCAGGCGCCAGUCUGCCGCACCCGUACCCAACUCUUACCCGUUUGCUGCAAGCGCCACAAUGCUGCCCGUGGCAGGGCUGAGCGAGCUUUGUUGCGCGCAGCAUUAUGCUUUGAGUAGCUGUGGUGCCUUCUGCUGGCAGCAGCUUGGUGGCAUGCCUUCGCCGCUCGCUGCAAAGGGUGCUGCGUUUCACCAGUCCGGAGGGAAACCCGCGGAACCCUUACCUUCAAGAUGCAAUGGUGGUGCACGAUGGCAUGCGGGCGAUCUCGAUGAAGUGGGUUGCUGUAGCUCUUCUGGCGCUCAAACAGAGGCCCCAUCUUCCCUAGGGUCUGGUUGGAGAUCGAGGGGAGCCUCCCGUUCUUUUGGGUGCUUUCCAUCAGAAAAGCAGAGACAGCAAGAAAAGGCAGGAAAGCCCCGGUUACAAUGUAGGAGAGUUGGAAUCCUCGGGCAGAAAUUUGAUAAUCAUUUCUGCGGCCAUAGCUUCACAGCCGCAAAUGCAUGCGAAAGCAGAAGGAAAGAAGGCGGCACACAAAGGCCGCAGGCUACUCCAGUCUUUCCAGACACAUUGGAGGCGCUAGAUUGUGAGGGGCUUUCUGGCAGCAACCGCAGUAAUGAGGCAGGCACUCAAUCGGACUUGCGAAUAGGAGAGGAGUCGCCAGCGGGCCCUGAGUUUCGGCAAGCAGUGACCAGGUUCGCCUCAUUUUGUGCGGCCAUUCUACUUGCGUCCACCUCAGUGCCACCAGCCCAGGCCACUGCUGAGCCGUCACACACAUUGGAAGAAUUUUUCACUCAUAGGGGAGCUCUGUCCGACCCCACUUUGAGAACAGGAGGUGAUGAGUUGAUGACUAGAACAGGUUCGGCACGCACUGCAUAUCCAUUGACUGCCCCCCCAGUAGGACAUGACGAGUCAGCUUUGACACACCACACGCCCGGGUUACCCCCAAUUCAUGCAGGCGUCACCGUUCUGCACUCGUUGCAUCCGCAUACUAGCACCCGGCAUAGGAGCUCAGAAACUGGUCACAUUGGCAAGUUAGAAAGUAGCAUUGGGGACACUGCCGAAAGCAAGGAUGGGGAACAGAGAGUGGUCGGUAACCCCGUAGAGAAGAGUCUACCGGCUGCGUCUCCGGAUCUUAACCCAGAGGUUAAUGCUAACCUCGUCCUGGAGGCAUGGAACGUUGUGGAUCAGGUCUACCUCGAUGCGCGGGGCAAGGGGUUUGAUCGCGAAGCUUGGGCGGCCAAGCGGGAUGAGGCCCUGAAGCACCCCAUCAGGAGCCGCAUUGCUGCCUACUCCGCCAUUCGGGGCCUGUUAGGCAGCCUGCAUGACCCCUACACUCGAUUCCUCGCUCCCGACCAGUUCCAGGCUCUAUCCAAGUUUGACGUCAGCGGCAUCGGACUCAAUAUGGGCGAGGUAGACGAUGACGCCGGGGUGACGUCACUACGGGUCCUGGGAGUCGUGCACGAUUCAACCGCGCACGCAGCGGGGAUUCGGCAGGGCGACGAACUCCUUUCGGUGGGGGGCGUCUUUGUCAAGGGCAAGUCCGCCUUUGAAGCCACGUCCCUGAUCCAGGGACCGGUCGGCCAACCGGUCACUCUGCAGCUGCAAAGACCGACCGGGGAAACUUUCGAGGCUGUCAUUCCGAGGGGGAAGGAAGCGCAGCAGCCGGUCACUUACAAGCUGCAGAAAGACGCGGAGGGGCGGCCCGCGGGGUACGUGAAGCUGCGCGACUUCAGCGCGCUCGCAAAGAAGGGGGUCGUUGACGCGGUGGAGAAGCUACGCGAGGCCGGGGCGCAGUCGUUCAUUCUGGACCUGCAAGAUAACCUGGGGGGAUUGGUCCAGGCCGGAAUUGAGAUCGCCCGCCUGUUCUUAGGCGAGGGGGAAACGGUUGUGUACACAGUCGGGCGGACCCCCGAGACCCAGAAGAACGUGCUGGCGCAAGGGCAGGCCCUGUUUUCUGCGCCGCUGAUCGUCCUGGUGAACGAGAGCACCGCCAGCGCUAGCGAGAUCGUGGCUGGAGCGCUGCGCGACAACUGCCGCGCGCUGCUCGUGGGGAACAAGACGUACGGGAAGGGCCUAAUCCAGUCGGUGUACGAGCUAAGCGACGGGUCAGCUCUCGCCAUCACUGUCGGAAAGUACAUAACACCUGGCCACAUCGACAUCGACAAGUACGGCAUCGAGCCCGACUUUCUCCGGACUCCAGGGCCAUUCAAUUGGUUCCUCCCCCUGCCGAGCGUCAAGGAGAGUGAGGGCAAGCUGAAGUCGUGUGUCCCGCCAGAGAUAGGGCCACCGAAGCUGCCUUCGGUGGCCUCUGUUGUCAAAUCAUAGGACACUCGUACAGUAAAGCGAUUUGUUAUGUAGCCAGACGACUUAUUGGCGAGGGCGGAUUGGGGUUCAUUGUGCAGACAUAGAUGAGUUUGAAACUCCGAGAUUGACG